AAAAUGGAAUACAGUGUUUUAUUUGUAAGUAAAACACAUGCUGUGUUUGAGACAGAAAAUAAGUAGGAACACAAUCACUGCCUAUUUUGGGUCUUAUUUGACCCUUUAGAUGUUUUACUGGGUCAGAAUGUUUCUAACACUCUUACAACCAAUUGAUACUUUAAAUGAUGCUUUAAAUGUAAUGGAUAUGUGACAAAGUUUUCAGUUUAUCAAUCUAGUAAUAGCAGAAACAGUUUAAUCUAAAGUGAAACUUAAUGUAAAGAUUUUGAUUCUGCUGACGUAAACAACGUCGUUACCCCGUUGAAGCAUUGUUAAUGCUUCAGUUCGCUGAGUUUCACUAAGUCGUGGCAUUUUAUUACAGCACAGGUUCGAAAUCUAAUGUGUUUUUCCUUUCACCAAAGGUAAAAGAAAACUGACAAAACACGUUUUUGUAGACAUGUACAUUUCCUAUGGGCAGCACGUGCAAACCGUGCAAAAGUCCACUAUCUCUAGUUAUCUCGACUCUACUCAGUUUUUAUUGUAAAAUUGAAGGAAGAUCAAUAGUACAUGCUUCGAGCAAAGGAUGUUGCAAAUUGUAGACGAAUACCUGUUUUAGAACUGAGAAUAUUCAAAUUUAAAAAGUGCACACUUUCUUUUGCAUUUGAGUAUAUAUUUGAAUUUAUUGUUCUUAAUUGCUAUUAAAGGAUUAUCGUUAUUGUUAUUCUCUGUCUUUUUGGUCUUGUAAUCUCAAGAGUUUGGUUGAAUCUACCGAAUAACAAGGUAUCAGUUGUAUUACAAGUUAUUCAUUCUUGAUCAUGACUACUAACUAAAUCUCCCGCUAUUUUUCUAUUCAUUUACUUCUAGUUUUGUUACUAAAAUUUAUCCUAACUAAAUCUCAAGUGUUUCGGAUUGCGGUGCCCUGAUAUCUUGCAUUAGAUUGACUAUGUAAGUUAGAUGUAUAUGUCAAAACAGAUAUCACAUUCUAACUGGUCUCGGUUUGAUUGCCAAUUAAACGGGAGGUCGUUGGCUCUAUCUUCGGCCGCGUCAUACCAAAGACGUGAAAAAUGGUACAAGUAGCUCCCUUGCUUAACGCUCAGCAAUAAAAGGGGAAACUGGUUUCCAUUCUCCCAUACCUCCGUGUCGAUGGACUUCAUCAGAAAUGAGGUGCAGAGAUUGAUAAAUAUAAAUUACUGAACUUGCUUCACAAUCGACCUAAAAUUAAUUAGUACAAUCUAUACAUUUCUGAGAGCAAUGAGAACGGAAAUGUUCUUUAUUGUUUAAUAUAUAAAAACUGAAGUCGAAAUUAUUGUUUGGCAUAAUUAAUCGUGUUCCCAGCGGUAGCAGACACUCAACACAGUUUUAACAUCACAAAACCUCUCAAUUAAACCGCCUAACGUGAUCAUUUUCCUUAUUCAGACCUCGUUAAAACUUUCCAACGUAGAGGGUCAAGUGUUUGCUGAAAUAAUGCCUGUAUAUGUAUAAAAAAAGAAUGAGCAUCUAUUACUUAAUCGCACCAGUUGUUAUGAGUUGUGUUUUGUAUGCUGGAAAUAAAUAAACGGAUUCGUUAGUGUGAUAUUAAUUGUUGUGUGCCAAAAAGAUUAUAACAAUGCCAUUUUCUGUGGCUACAACCGUGACAUUAAUCUCUCUCCAGAUUUUUGGACUUUACUCUUCUAACUGUUCUUUACGCAAGGAAAAGUCUGAAAAAGCAAGAAUUCGUAGGGAAAUUCCGAAUAUUGAAAAUGUUCUCACUGCAGUUAAGCAUGACAUGGAAUAUUAUUGUACAAUGAAUUUAAACAAAACCGAUGAGCUCAUAGGGUUGAAGAAUCAGAUGGCGUGCUCAGAACCGACAUGGAAAUUACAAUUAAAGAGAUUCAGUCUACCUUAGAAAAUUCAAUCAAUAAUACCUCGAAACUUGUUGGACAGGAAUGCAAACAACUAUUAAAGAAUUAAAAAUAAUGGAAGGUAACACAAGACAGAAGAUUGCUGAGACCAAAGCAAAAGUUGAAAACCUUGAAUUUCUUGUUCGCCAAAUUUUUGCUCGUAUUGAACACUUGUUUGGAUAUUAUUAUUGCUUAGAGACCAAAAAUGCCGGAAUGUUACGAUCUGGUGUCUAUAAACAACGACAGGGGCUCGAAAUCUAUUGUGACCAAACCACAGAUGGUGGAGGUUGGCUCGUUUUCCAGAGAAGGCAAAGUGGUGAGAUUGAUUUCUACCGUAACUGGACCGAGUAUAAAAAUGGAUUUGGCGAUAUUACUGGUGAAUUUUGGCUAGGCAAUGAACAUUUGAGUAGUCUUACAGCAACAGGAGAUCAUGAGCUGAGGAUAGAUAUUGAAGAUUUUAACGGAAAUAAGGCAUUUGCUAAAUACAGUAAGUUCAAAGUACAUCCGGAAGAAGACAAGUACAAACUGGAGGUGAGUGGAUACAGUGGAAGUGCUGGAGAUUCCCUCAAGUAUCAUAAUGGAAUGAAGUUCACAACGUCCGAUAGAGACAAUGAUGGCACCAUAUACUUUAACUGUGCAAUAGAACGGCAUGGUGCGUGGUGGUACGGCUAUUGUCACCGUUCCAAUCUCAAUGGACAGUAUUUUAAUAUUCCUGAUAAAAUAGAUAGCAACGGAAUCAACUGGUGGGACUGGAAAAAUAGCUAUUACUGUUUAAAAAGUGUUGAAAUGAAAUUUCGUUAAACUAGUGAGUGCUCUUAUAUAGAUCUAUUUAAGAAAUGACUUUUUUUCUAACAUUUUAUAAGUAAUGAAUCGGAUGCAUAAUAACUAAACUAAUCACGAGUGCUUAAAAGUGUAUGUAUUGAUAUUGCAUGUGGCUGUACGUGAGAACUUGUUAAAGCUUUUAUUCCACAGUUAACGUGAUUUUUACGUACGUGCUCAUUUUCACCAAGUUUGACAUAGAAUGUAUUUGUGGAACUGAAAUGAUAUUUUAGUGGACAUAAGUUUUAGAUACUAUCAUUUCAAAAGUGUCUUUGAAAGAGUGCAGGUGCAUCAGAGGAGCGCUAUAUAAAUGUGGUAAAAUAAUAAUAAUAAUAGUAAUAAUAAAAAUAGUAAUGAUAAUUAUUAUUAUUAUUAUCAGUAGUAGCAGUAUAAUUAUUAUUAUAGUUAUAAAUAUUACAUGUAUUCUCAGUAUAUAUUUGAAACACUGUACCAUGUAUGUUACUACUCAAUUCAUCAUUUACUGCAUGAAUAACAGUAAUGUUAUUAUUAUUAUUAUUAUAUUUUAUAAAAUUAUUUAUAAAAGUACGUGUUUUCAUUAUAUCGCUAUUCAAUGCUUUGUCUGUAGAAAAAAAGAUUGAUUUUUAUAUUGAAAAUGAAGUUAGAAAAAUAUAGUAUGUAGGAUAAGUUCUUGUCACAAUGAAGUGAGAAAAAAAUAUAUUACUCUACUCCAUUGCUGUAUAUUUUCGUUACAGUUAAGGCUUUAGUGUAUAAUAAAAUGUAGAACUAGA